AAAAUAAUUUAUUUUGUAGUUAAAUUGUAAUGAGUUCUUGUUGUGGCAAUGAGUUUAUUACUAACGCAGCACUAAGUGAAGUGCUGUCUGCUAACUACGAGCUAUUUGCAAAUUUAUUCGAUUUAGAAGAUAAUUCGUGGGUUAUUCUUAUUAGUAUUAUCGUUAUUGGUAUAUCAACAUUCGUGGUGUUUCGAAGGUCAGUUUGGUGUUCGCGUUAAAUACCUAUUAGAAAUGUUAAUGAAAGUAAAAGUGUUGUAAUGUAAUCGCUUAUCUACAUAGAAGUCACCGUGAGUUGCACACCUUAAAGGGCGAACGCGGUCGCUCCAGUACCAGCGGGCGGGGAGGCGAGCCCCGCGGGCCCGCCGGCCGAGGACGCCAUGAGGGGAGUCGAAGGGACACCAGAGGAACAGGAAAAAUUAGCUACAGGAAACAACAAUGGCUCCCUGGACUGCAAACUGCCGCCCCAGCAGGCCGUCCCUCGCUCCGCCUUCCAUUCGACACGAGUCUUCAUGCUGGUUUUCCUAUCCGGCUGGGUGCUGCAGGGGAUGUUCCUCACGUAUUUUGUGAGCGUGACGACAACAGUUGAGAAACUUUUUAAGAUCGAGUCGAAGACGACGGGGACGUUGCUGGCGGCGACGGAGAUCGGUCAGAUAUGUACGGCGUUGUUUUUGACGUACCUGGCGGGGCGGGGGCACCGGCCGCGAUGGAUCGCGUGCAUGAUGCUGGUGCUGGCCGUGGGGGUAAUCGGCUGCGUGCUGCCCCACAUGAAAUACGGGACGGAGCUGUUGGAUGUGCACCUGGGCUCGCACAAAGGCGGGGCGGCUCCGAUCUGUUCGGACGGGACGACGAACAACAGUUCUUGUGACGCGGCGCACGUGCAGAGCUCGGCGAACCGCGCCUCGAUGACGGCGGUGGUGAUCCCGUGGCUGUUCGUGUGCCUGCUGGUCGUGGGCGUGGGACAGACCGGCAUCGCUACCCUGGGGAUCCCCUACGUCGACGACAACGUCGGCAGCCGGCAGUCGCCACUCUACAUGGCGAUCACUAUCGGCAUCAGGGUGAUUGGACCAGCGUUGGGCUUCCUUCUUGGGGCUCUGUGCACCAGGGUGUACGUGGACCCCCUUGCAGAUCCCGGCUACGACUCCAGUGACCCACGAUGGGUGGGAGCCUGGUGGCUUGGGAUGGUGUUCAUCGCCGGAUUCAUCGUGAUCCUGUCGGCGCUUAUGUUUUUCUUCCCGAAGCAGAUUCGGCAGGAGCCUGUGCCCGUCAUUAGGAAGAGCAAAGAGAAGAGCCAGCCAUUAUUCAAAGAUUUCUUCGCCACAAUAAAGCGGCAGCUGACCAACGACAUCCUGAUGUGGCGGACGGCAUCGUCUGUGCUCCACCUCAUGCCGAUCUCCGGGGUCUACAGCUUCCUCCCCAAAUACUUGGAGAAGCAGUUCCGAUUGCCGACACACGACGCCAAUCUAGUCUCGGGUUUGGGCGGUAUUCUAGUCAUGGGUCUGGGCAUCAUCACGUCGGGCGUGGUGAUAUUAAAGCUGGUGCCCACCGCGCGGCAGGUCGCGGCGUGGACGGCGGCUACGGCUGUCAUUUAUAGCGCCGGUAUGGUGGUGCUGAUGUUCGUGAGCUGCCCGGAAGAAAGCUAUCGUGCGCUCAGCUCGGGAGUCACUGGUGCCGGGGGCAAUCUCUCCUGCAGCGCCGAGUGCGCCUGUGAUGGCGUGGCAUACAGCCCGGUGUGCGGACAGGACGCCUACACAUAUACGUCGCCGUGCCAAGCGGGCUGUUUGGGAAGCGUGCAAGUAGACAACAGUACAUGGCUGUACCACGGUUGCGGCUGCAUCGCCAACAACGGCACCGCGCCUAAAGCGAUCAGCGCUUUCGAGCGCUACGCCCUUCUCAACGAGUCAUCCGACUUAAUCCGUGAUAUCCAAUCGGACGAAUACAGUCUAUCUGGUUACGCGGUGACGGGCGAAUGUGGAGGCCCUUGCAAGCAGAUCUACGUGUUUAUAGCGAUAUUCGCUGCGAUCAUGUUUGUACACGCCAGUGGGGAAGUCGGUGCAGUGCUGCUUAUCAUACGGUGUACGGAUAAACACGACAAAGCGAUGGCGAUGGGCGUGAUCCAGUUCGCGAUCGGCGUAUUCGGCAACGUGCCAUGCCCCAUAGUGUUCGGCGCCGCUAUAGACGCCGCGUGUCGCGCGAGGGAUGUGCUCUGUGGCGCGCUUGGCGCUUGUGCGUCCUAUGACAACGACAGUUUAAGACAUUUGUUCUUAGGUUUAUCAUCGGGGCUGAUGUUCCUGGCGUUCAUCAUGGACAUGCUGGUGUGGAGCCGCGCGGGCCGCAUCGACAUGAACCCCGCCGACCGCGAGCCGCAGUCCCCGCGCGACGCCGCUCCGCUCGCGCUCACACCGCCGGAGAGCCAGCUCUGAUACCUGUACGAGUCACACUUCUAGACGGCUAGCGGGGGAACCCUGCGCGGUAACUACAGCGCUGUGAACUUGGGCGGCGACAACCCUGCACCGUAGCCACGAGGGGGCGGUGCCGACCGCUCGGUUAGCGCUGUGAAUGGGAGUGACGCUUCUAUGCUAUGUUUUACUCGUUGACGGAUGACUGUAGUGUUUUAAUGGUGAUUGUGACGCGUCGGAUAAUACUUUACGCUGUGAAGUAGUCGAUCGAAGUGUACGUGUUGUACGAUUGUCGAUUAGUAUGGUUUUUGUUAUCUAGAAAUUGUUUUAAAUGCCACUUUCUACCUUCAUAACAGAAUCGAUGUUGCUAUA